CUUCUUCACUCACAUCUCUCCCUCUCUCCCUUUCUCUCGGGCACCGCCCAAUCUCCACACUCUCAGUCACUGCUUGCCACCGCCAUCUCCGCCGCCGCUUCCGUCGGCCCUUCUUCCCCUCUUCCUUCCCCAACCCCACAUAUGCUUCUCAAUCACUCUUCCCCAUUUCCCCCAUCCCAAUACUCCUUCCUUCCUCUUCUAACUCAUACAAACAAACCCCCUUUCCAUUUUUCCUUCCUCUUCUUCUGAAUCGGAAAAUGGCGGCCAGGUCUUUCACAUUCCCGCCACUGAUCGACAGGCCGCUGCUCUCUCUUCCUUCACCUUCUUCUCGUUCCGUUUCUCUCCCUCCAUGGCGGCCUUCAUCCUUCCCCGCCGUUCACUUCCAGAAGUCAUCCAUCGUCGGCUACUCCUUCGCUCCCUUGCAUCUACGCCGGCGUCCCCUCGUUCGCCGUUCCGCCGGCGAAUCGGACGUCCCUCGGCCUCUCCACGUACACGCCAAGCAUGAGGAACCAGUGGAGGUAAAGAGGACCGAGAUCUUUCAGCAUUGGGAUUCCUGGACAGCGAAAUUCGCUGCGGCAGCAAACCUCCCCUUCUUGCUGUUGCAACUGCCGCAGAUCACUCUCAAUGCCCGCAAUCUCAUGGCCGGCAACAAUGCUGCCCUUUUGGCAGUCCCAUGGCUUGGAAUGCUUACGGGUUUACUAGGUAAUCUUUCACUGCUCUCAUACUUCGCCAAGAAAAGGGAAACCGAGGCGAUGGUGGUUCAAACUCUGGGAGUGAUCUCAAGCUACAUUGUGCUCACACAACUGGUCAUCGGGGAAGCAAUGCCUCUGCCUCAAUUUGUCGUGACCUCGGUAGUUGUAUGGGUUGGGGUGUUACUAAACUACCUGAACUACUUUGGAAAGCUUAAUGCCGGUGUUUGGAGCUUCUGGGAAGACUUCAUUACUGUCGGUGGACUCUCCGUUCUUCCGCAGCUCAUGUGGUCGACAUUCGUGCCAUACCUUCCGGAAUCUAUCUUGCCAGGGGCAGUAUCAUUUGUGUUAGCUUUAACAGCUGUCGUCAUGGCAAGGACAGGCAACCUCUCCGAGAAAGGAGUGAAGAUUAUUGGUGGAUUAUCUGGAUGGACUGCAACCCUUCUCUUUAUGUGGAUGCCAGUAGCCCAAGCGUGGACGAAUUUCCUUAGACCUGAAAACAUCAAAGGCUUAUCAGCUUCCUCCAUGCUGCUUGCUAUGAUUGGAAAUGGACUUAUGAUUCCACGUGCACUCCUUGUUCGCGACUUUAUGUGGUUCACAGGUUGCGCAUGGGCUUCAUUGUUCUAUGGCUAUGGCAAUGUAUUAUGCAUGUACUGUUGCAAUACAGUGAGCAAAGGAUUCUUCGUGGCAACAACGGUUGGUUUAGUUUUGUGGAUAGGAAUGACGUUCUGGAGAGAUGCUGUGGUUUACGGAUACAGGUCACCUUUCAGCUCUCUGAGGGAUCUGUUUAAGCAAGUCUCGUAAAAGGCACGUCGAACUUUCAACAUCAGUAGACAUUGAGGAGGGAAGGGAAAUGACUGGCGGAAGCUGAGUUCAAUCUACCCCAUGAUCUUAAUCCAGAGGGGAAAUCACUGAAGGAAGAAGAGAUGUCGAAGUGCCUGCAGGUGAGCAAGGAAAAGAUUGCAGCUUAAUCCGGCUGAUAACCAUGAAGCCUUCUUUGGGAUUGGGUGCUUCUUGGACUUCCACACUAGUAUACUACUAAGCAUAAGCAAUGUAAAUUACUUUUGCAUCAAGUGUCAGAAGUUUCAAAGGUUGGCUUUCCACCAACUUUUUCUGCACAAGAACACUUAUGAAACCCGAGCUCAUUAAUUAUACCAUCAAUAAAAAUCGUUGGAUUCAAUUCAACUCCACAAUGAAAGAUCAGA